AUGGACGAGGUGUCAACAAUCCAACAGAUCUCUGAAAAAAAAUUGCUGAAACUCAUGUCAAGAGGUGCUUGCAUGUUUAGCGACAGAGUGGCACAUGUUGGGAAUGUGACAUCCCACAGUGCUAUUCUCGAACUGAACUCCACGGACCGUAACGAAGUGUCUGUUCCGCCGCGUGCAGCUACACGCACUCGUGGACGUAUAGUGGCACACACGGAAAACUCAACAUCGGAGAGUGGCAGCCUCGAGCUGCACUCCAUUCAAGCGGAUCGUAACGAAGUGUCUGUUCCGCCACAUGCAGAUGCUUUUGUCACGUCACAGAAACCAUACUGUUUUUUUCCUUUAUCAUCUGCUUUCAAGCGCUACUUCGCCUGUAUUGAAGUUCUAGACAAAAUAAUGUUCAUGAAGUCAGUGGCUGUUGGCAACACGCUUGUGAUGUUUUCCUUCAUGGCGGACAGGUGCUUGCCCAGUGAAAAACAUAUAGGCAUAUCAAAUGUCGAUGCUUCUAAGAUGUCGACUCUGAUUCAAUGUUUCUGUUCUUUAUAUGCAAUUCGAUUCUUGACCUAUGUUGGAUGUCGAGCUGAGAUGUUUUCGAUACCCUGCCAAGUCUGUUGUUGCAUUUCCGUGCUUCAGUGCUGUGCUGUUUCAUCGACAGUGAACAAAUAA